AUGAAGAGUAGUAGCUCAUUCUCUCUUGAAAGUACUUUACCUAGCACACAAACCCUACACACAAAGAUUGAUGGAAUUUCAGCAAUGGAAAGUAUCUCUGAUCUCCAGCCUGCCCCUACGACAAUCGUCAGAUCUGGAGAUGGAGAUUAUCUACCACCAAGAAGCUUUAAGGAUGCCAAGAACAUAUGUUUUGCAGAGACUGCCAAGCUUUGGGCGAUUGCAGGCCCCAUUGCCUUUAACUUGUUGUGCUACUAUGGUAUUAACUCCGCCACAACCAUCUUUGUUGGUCAUCUUGGAAACUUGGAGCUCUCUGCUGUCUCAAUCUCUCUGAAUGUCAUUGGAAAUUUCUCCUUCGGUUUCAUGUAUGGUAUGGCAAGUGCACUAGAAACACUAUGUGGGCAGGCAUUUGGUGCAGGACAAGUAGGUCAACUAGGAGUUUACUUGCAACGCUCAUGGAUCGUAAUGACCAUUGCAUGCUUCUGCUUAGUGCCAAUUUACAUCUAUGCAGCACCAGUUCUAAAGCUUCUUGGCCAAGACGAGAACAUUGCGGAUGUAGCUGGGAAAUUCUGUAUUCAAAUCAUCCCUCAAUUGUUUUCAAUGGCCAUCAACUUCCCAACCCAAAAGUUCUUGCAGGCACAGAGCAAAGUUUCAUUUUUGUCACUUAUUGGUUUUGCAACUCUCCUAAUACACAUAGGAUUCCUGUAUGUCUUCCUCAAAGUUUUGGGGUGGGGAAUGAGCAGCGGUGCUGUAGCCUUUAAUGUCUCAUCAUGGGCAAUGACAUUGGGUCAGGUGGUUUAUGUAAUCGGUUGGUGUAGAGAUGGCUGGAAGGGAUUUUCAAGCUUAGCUUUCAAGGAUUUAUGGUCAUUUUUAAAACUCUCUAUAGGUUCGGCUAUAAUGCUUUGCCUGGAGUUCUGGUACAUGAUGACCAUACUAGUUAUCACUGGCCACCUUGACAAUGCUGUUGUUGCUGUUGGCUCCCUUUCAAUAUGCAUGAAUGUGAAUGGAUGGGAAGCAAUACUUUUUGUUGGGAUCAAUGUAGCGAUAAGUGUUCGGGUAUCCAACGAACUUGGAUCAGCACAUCCUAGAGCUGCAAAAUACGCAGUCAUUGUCACCAUCGUUGAGGCUCUCCUCCUUGGGAUUCUUUUCGGGGCAGUUGUUAUGGUUACUAAAGACAAUAUUGCCAUAAUCUAUACCAAGAGCAAAGAGAUGCAACAAGCCGUGUCUCGUUUAGCUUUCCUCCUCAGUAUUACAAUGGUGAUUAAUAGUGUUCAGCAUGUAAUUUCAGGUGUUGCUGUUGGAGGAGGGUGGCAAGCUCUAGUGGCUUACAUAAACUUGUUUUCUUACUAUAUCGUUGGGGUGCCUAUUGGGUUUCUUCUUGGUUACCGAACAAGUUUGAAGGCGGAGGGAAUUUGGCUUGGUAUGAUAUUCGGGACGGUCCUGCAGACACUCAUCCUCUUGUACAUCAUUUAUAAAACCAACUGGAACAAGGAGGUUGAACAUGCUCUAGAAAGAAUUGAACACUGGAAUGCAGAAGAGCUAAUUGUAAUCGAUUGA